ACUCCUCUCCCCCCACUCCUCCGGUCAACAUGAGUUUCACGCUGGACCACCACUUCAUGGGCCCGGGCUCGUACCGCAAGGCUCGACCCACCUCCGUGUCCUCCAGCGGCUUCCACUCCCAGCGCCGCCGCCUCGCCUACAGCCAGCCGUCCUCCGCCGACAGCUUGGAGACCUUCAACGGGGAUGCGAUGUCGCGGAGGAGCGAGAAGGAGGUGCUGCAGGCUCUCAACGACCGCUUCGCCGGCUACAUCGACAAGGUGCGCAACUUGGAGAUGCACAACUGCAACCUGGAGGCCGAGGCGGCGGCGCUGCGGCAGAGCCAGGCGGGGCGCGUCUCCAUCGGGGAGCACUACGAGCGCGAGCUGGGCGACCUGAGGGCGCUCCUGCAGGAGCUGACCGGGGAGAAGACCCGCUCCACGCUGGAGCGCGAGCACCUGGAGGAGGACGUCCAGCAGCUGCGCGUCCGGCUGGAGGACGAGGCGCGCGGCCGGCAGGAGCUGGAGGCUGCCGCGCGCGCCAUGAAGAAGUACGAGGAGGAGUGCCGCCUCGCGCGUCUGGAGCUGGACAAGAAGCUGCGAGCUCUGGAGGAGGAGGCCGCCUUCCUUAGGAAGAACCACGAGGAGGAGGUGGCCGAGCUGCUGGCGCAGAUCCACGGCGCGCAGGUGAGCUUCGACUUGAGGGACACAAUGAAGGCGGACGUGACCGGCGCGCUGCGGGAGAUCCGCGCGCAGCUGGACGGCCACGCGUCAAAGAGCGCCACGCACGCCGAGGAAUGGUUCAAAGUGCGUAUGGAGCGCCUGUCUGAAGCUGCUAAGUGUAACCAGGAUGCGAUCCGUGGGAACCAGGAGGAGAUUGCAGAAUACCGCCGUCAGCUCCAGAGCCGCACCAUCGAGCUGGAGACCCUUCGAGGAACCAAGGACUCACUGGAGAGGCAGCGGAUUGACAGUGAAGACCGACACCAGGACGACCUCAACUCACUACAGGAGACCAUCAACCAGCUUGAAAAUGAGCUGAAGACCACCAAAUGGGAGAUGGCGAGUCAGCUGAGAGACUAUCAGGAGCUGCUGAAUGUGAAGAUGGCUUUGGAUAUCGAGAUCGCCGCGUAUAGGAAGUUACUGGAGGGAGAGGAGAAUCGUUUGGUGUCUGGUGGAUCACCAUACUCAUACUUGGAGGCAAGAUUUUCAGGCCAUGUGAAGGUGAAAGGUGAGGAGAUCUCAGAUACAGUCAUCGUGGAGGAACAGACUGAUGAGACCCAGGUGACGGAGGUGACAGAAGAGGCUGACGAGGAGGAGGAAGAGGAAGAAGAAAAGAAAGAAGAUGAAGAAGAAGGAGCAGAGGAAGAAAAGGAAGGUGAAGAAACCAAAGAAGAGGGAGAGGGUGAGGAAGAAGAGGAGAAAGAUGAGGAAGAAAAGGGAGAGGAAGAAAAAGGUGAAUCCCCUCCUCCCAAAUCUCCUGCUGCUAAAUCACCAGAACCCAAAUCCCCGGCCAAGUCUCCCACAGGAGACCAGGCAAAGUCCCCUGAACCUAAAUCUCUUGCUGUUAAAUCACCAGAGCCAAAAUCUCCAGAACCCAAAUCACCAGCAACCAAAUCCCCAAUGCCCAAAUCUCCCACAGGAGAUCAAGCAAAGUCUCCUGAACCCAAAUCUCCUGCUGCGAAAUCACCAGAGCCAAAAUCCCCACAAAAAUCUCCAGAACCCAAAUCACCAGCAACCAAAUCCCCGGCCAAGUCUCCCACUGGAGACGAGGCAAAGUCCCCUGAACCCAAAUCUGCAGAAAAAGAGAAAGCUGGGCCUCCUGCUGCCAAAGACACCCCCAAAGAGGAGAAGGAGAAGCCUCAGCCAGUCCAAGAGGACAAAGAGAAGGAGCAGCCUGUGAGUGACAACAAGAAGCAGGAACCCAAAGAGAAGGAGCCAGAGAAGGUGGACAAGCCUGACUCAAAGAAAGACAGUAAAGCAGACGAGACACCCAAAAAGGAAGAAGCUCCAAAACCUGCAACUCCCAGCAAACCGUCUGAAGACAAGCCCGCUCCCAAGACCGAGCUCAAAGAGAGCGCUGCUCCUGCUAAGGAGGAGAAGGCUUCCACCCCCAAACCACCAGAGAAGCCCGAGGCCAAGGUGGCUCCUAAAGCGGAGCCCGAAAAACCCGAGAGCAAGAAGGAGGAGAAGAAGCCUGAGGAGAAGAAGCCUGAGGAGAAGAAGCCUGAGGAGAAGAAGCCUGAGGAGAAGGCCGCUGCACCUAAAGCAGAGCCAGAGAAGCCAGAGAGCAAAAAAGAGGAGAAGAAGCCCGAGGAGAAGGAGACAAGUAAAGACGUGAAGGAGGGAGCAAAAACGGAGAAAGCUGAAAAAUCUUCCAGCACCGAGGCGAAGGAGAGCAAGGAGGAGAAGGCCAAGAAGUAAGACCGAGGUGAACUGGAAGAAAAGGAGAUGCCAAAGAACUUUGAGGGAGGGAGGUCAAAGACAUGGGGAGGGUGGAGACGAGGAGAAAGGAGCUGGACGUACCCAGCUGUCCACACAACUUCAUGUCCAAAGCAAAGCAGGUUAAUAGUAUGUAAGCAAUAUUGAUCUCUGUAGCAAAUAACCCCCACGCUCCCCAGUAUGGCCAUCACCCCCCACCUCCUGAAGCUUCUGAUGU